AUGUCAGACUCAAACAUCCCAUCUGUUCCUCCGCCAUGGACUCUCAAAGGCGACAUCUAUGCAUUUCUCUUCUGGACGUCUCGCGCUCAAGCGGGCAACCUUCCCGAUAUGACAUAUUCCCCUCUCGAGGCAAACUCAAGCUUUGCUAAAGACCAGAAACCUCUUGGAGGUUUGAGUAUGAUGCAAAUCAUUAGAUACACGGAGUCUCCCGUCGGGCCAUACGAUGAGCUUAUCCUGGCACCGGGCAUGUUUGGCUAUGAGAAGGAUGAUGAGAAUGGAAGAAGAGUGAAAGGAAAAGGUGUCAAGAUCACGAGAAUUUAUGUCUCACAGAAACAUACUUGCUAUAACGGAAGGAAAAAUUGGAAUGUUCCCAAGCAUGUCGCCGAGUUCAUUUGGACCAACAACACGGACGGUUCGACAACCGUAAAAGUAUAUCCUAACGACACAGCUCCCACAGACCCGACUUCAGGCUUCUCUGAAUCAGCAGUCCCUUCUUCCACUCCCUUCUUCCAAGCGACCUUCAAGCCCGUCGGGUACACGCCUUCGUUCCCGUUUCGAACAUCAUGGCUUAAUUAUCUUGGCUUUGACCCCACUCUUGUCUUUCCUCCGCUUCCUGAGGGGACCGGGAGCCAAGGCGAGCUCCCUGGCACUGAUCGAUGGUGCUCUAUUGUUCCACAUCAAUCGAGCUCCAAGUGUAAGUUGGGUUGGUUUGAUGUCGAACAGCAUCGUGACGAAGAGGGGAACUCGACUGGUGAAUAUGAGAAUUUCUGGCCUGGUUGGCGAAAAUGGCAGAUCGGCUUCAAGAUGGGAGACGCAGUCAUUGGUUUUGACCAUCCAAAGACCUGGGAGUCUUCCAGAUCGAGACUUUGA